CAGCCGCCUAGGGCUUAGACAUCAGAGGGGUGCAGUACUGACCUUUAAGGGUCACAGUUUUAUACAAAUUAGCUGUUUUAAGAAAAAACGUAUUUCUCCUUACAGCUUCCGCAAUGCCUGGUUUCCACCUCUCUUCAGUUUUGUGCUUCUUCAUUGUCUUCCUGUUUUCACUGACCUCCAAUGCUGCCUCUGAAGAUGAUACUGUGGUGAUCACCAGCAGUGGCCCUAUUAAAGGCAAGCAAGUCCCGGCUGGCUCUGGCUCUGUGAUGGCCUAUCUGGGCAUCCCCUAUGCUGAACCCCCUGUGGGGAAAUUACGUUUCCAGAAGCCCCUUCCACAUCAACCAUGGAGUCAGGUCUUGGAGGCCACCAGCUUUGGCAACGCAUGCCCCCAGUUCAUUUUUACAAACUUCACUGAGGCAGACCUAUGGGCUGCAAAUCGACCACUCUCAGAAGAUUGUCUCUUCCUCAACGUCUGGGUGCCCCAUCCACGACCUUCUUCACCAACUCCUGUACUUGCCUGGUUACAUGGAGGGUCAGGAUUUCUCACUGGCACAGCUUCCCUGGACAUGUACAAUGGAGCAUUCUUAGCUGAACAAGAGAGUCUUGUUGUGAUCUCUUUGAAUUACCGCCUGGGGGCUCUAGGCUUCCUCUCAUUGCCACCAGCUGCCCCAGGAAACAUGGGCUUCAUGGACCAACAGCUAGCACUGAAGUGGGUACAGGAGAAUGCAGCUGCCUUUGGUGGAGAUCCCACUCGAGUGACCAUUUUUGGCCAUAAUGCUGGGGCAGUCUUUGUGAGUCUACAUCUCCUGUCACCAAGUAGCCAGGAUCUUUUUGCCAAAGCCGUGCUGCAGAGUGGAACUCCCAAUACAGUUUGGGCUUGGAGGAGUCCUGAAGAGGCCAAGCAGAGAUCCCUUGCUUUCGGCCAGCUGCUGGGAUGUGCAGAAGACGGUGAUGCUGCUUUUUUGAGCUGCCUACAAGAGAAAGAUGCCAAGGAAUUCAGUCAGUAUGAGUUAUCUUUAAUUCUAAAAAGGGUUCUAGAUGUUCCCUUCUUGCCAACAAUAGAUGAUGAGUUUUUGCCUGACGAGCCACAGAAGCUUCUGGAGGCUGGGAGAAUUCAGCAUAAACCAGUUCUCAUUGGUGUCACCUCCGAUGAAGCGUCUGCCUUUGUGCCAUAUUUUUUCCCUCAUGCCAAUGAUGGCCUAAUUACUUGGGAACAGCUUUUGAAAGCCACAGGGAUGAUGGUGCAAAAUCUAACUGAAGAAGAUGUUCAGGCUGUGGCACUGAAGUACAGUGAAGAAGACAGUGGUCCAGGGCGGUUCCGUUGGGCCAUGUCACAAUCUUUUAGUGAUUACUUCUUUGUAUGCCCAGCAGCUGAAUUUGCUGCAAAAGUCCGAGAAGCCGGGAAUCCUCUGUACUUUUACUCCUUCAGACAUCACACCUCUGGCUCUGUUUGGCCUGAGUGGAUUGGGGCACCCCAUGGUGCUGAGAUACCUUAUGUUUUUGGGACCCUCGAGUCAGUGUUGGGUGUCAACCAAACAUACACAGAGGCCGAGGCUGCACUGAGCCGUAGGAUGAUGCACUACUGGGCAGAGUUUUCCAGAACUGGGAAGCCCACAGGUUCAGGAGCCAGUGGAGAAGAGUGGCCGCUCUAUAACGUCACACAGCCGAACUUCUUCCACCUUGACACCGAGCCAUCGCCAGUGACACAGAGAGCACCUUUGCGACACUGUGACUUCCUGAAAGAGCAUUUGGCAAAGCCAAACAAAUCUGGAGAGGUUCCCAAAUCACCAGGCAAGGAGGGGGAGGGGGAAUUUGAAUCCAGUAUUCAGUAGCGGAAAUCCCAAGGAAAGAGCACAUCAAGACAUUUCAGAGAAGCCGUGGAAGAGAAUGGGAAGCAAUUGUUUAGAAAUGCUCAUGCUCAGUGAUGAGAAUCCAUUACCUGUGUUGACAUUGGCUUAUUAAGAAAAAUCUAAUUAAAAUCAAGAAUUUAUCUGCUUACGAGCUCAUGAUCUUUGCCGUCGAACCCAUAAUGAAGUAACAAUUCUACCGUCUUGAGAAGGGGUUUGUUUCUGUCUGGAUACUUACUGAGAAAAAUCUAAUAAACCUUGCUUGGAA